GUCAUCCCAUCCCAGCAUUGCAUCGUCGUUUUGAACGAACCAUUCAGAUCUAACAGUCAAACACAACAUUUGUGACUACACAAGACUCGAGCCGCCAACUACCACUCCCUGUUGAAUCGCCUACCGUAUUCCCGCAACGCCCCCUUCACCAUGAUUUGCAGAGCCUGUCUUCGUGCUAGCAGAGCUGGCCUCCGCUCCGAGGCUUCCCAAAGACUCGCUUCUCUCCAGACGCCAAGCAGGGCUCUCUCUUCGCCGGCUUCUACACGCCUCGCUGCACCUGCCGCAUACUCUACCUCUGCUCUUCUUCAACAGCGCACCAUUCACACCCCGGCUCGCCUUGCCUCGAGGACAUACUCUACCGCAGCUUCGGAACAGCCUGCGAGCGCUGUCCCGGAAAAGCCGGAAGAUCUGGACGAGGGAGAGGCCCAGGUCUGGGAUAUCUUGGUCCGCGAGUUUGCGCCCACCAACCUCGUCGUGCGAGACAUCUCGGGAGGCUGCGGCUCCAUGUAUGGCGUCGACAUCUGCUCCGAGAAGUUCCGUGGCCUCAACAUGCUUAAGCAGCAACGUCUGGUCAACGCCGCUCUCGGUGACCUGGUCAAGCAGUGGCACGGCAUCCAGAUCAAGACCAGCGUGCCUUGAAGAAGAAAACAGGGGAGGAAAGUAAGAGAAAGAUGAUUCUAUAUUUUUCACUGCCAUGUACACCACUCGAUACCCAAUGAACAACCGCGCCAAAUCUCUUGAAUGGCCGCACUGCC